UCCCUCCCUCUAAAAGCACUCUGUGUGGGGAACAUGAGAGCCAGACCAAAGCUCAGAGGAAGAAACGAGGAACUAAACGCAAACAUGAACCUGGACCCAGCUGUGUGUCCUUAAAGAGUGACCGGUCUAAAGCUGACAUUAUUGAUUUUAAAGUCCAGCCUCUGUCUGCUGCAGUGAGAGUGGACCAGCAGAGCUCAGAGACUCCCAGUAGUCAGUCUACCCAGCAGCAUCAAACACAGCUGGACUCCAUAUUUAUGCUACUGCAGGAAAACAUCAUCACUUUUGUGAAGAAUGAACUGAAGAAGAUUCAAAAAGUUGUCAGUACAGAUUUUCCGAAAUACUUGGAGGGUCAGAGAACUGUUGAGGAGCAAGAGGGUGAGGAUGAGGAGCAGAGGAGGAGCAGCAGAGAGGCAUUUGUGAAGAUCACACUGGACUUUUUAAGGAGAAUGAAGCAGGAUGAGCUAGCUGACCUUCUGCACAAAAGAACUUCAAAUAGAGACGUCUAUUGGAGUGAGUGUAAACUUAAAUCUACACUAAAGAAGAAGUUCCAGUGUGUGUUUGAGGGGAUCGCUAAAGCAGGAAGCCCAACCCUAUUGAAUCACAUCUACACAGAGCUCUACAUCACAGAGGGAGGGACUGCAGAUGUCAAUGAUGAACAUGAGGUCAGACAGAUUGAAAUGGCCUUCAGGAAACCAGACAGACCAGAAACAACAAUCAGACAAGAAGACAUCUUUAAAGCCUCACCUGGAAGAGAUGAACCAAUCAGAACAGUGCUGACAAAGGGAGUGGCUGGCAUUGGGAAAACAGUCUUAACACAGAAAUACACCCUGGACUGGGCUGAAGACAAAGCCAACCAGGACAUCCAGUUCAUAUUUCCAUUCACUUUCAGAGAGCUGAAUGUGCUGAAAGAGGAUAAGUUCAGCUUGGUGGAACUUGUUCAUCACUUCUUUACUGAAACCAAAGAAGCAGAAAUCUGCAGCUUUGAAGACGUCCAGGUUGUGUUCAUCUUUGAUGGUCUGGAUGAGUGUCGACUUCCUCUGGACUUCCACAAAACUACAAUUAUAACUGACCCUAGAAAGUCCACCUCAGUGGAUGUGCUGCUGAUAAACCUCAUCAGGGGCAAGCUGCUUCCCUCUGCUCGCGUCUGGAUAACCACAAGACCUGCAGCAGCCAAUCAGAUCCCUCCUGAGUGUGUUGGUAUGGUGACAGAAAUCAGAGGGUUUGCUGACCCACAGAAAGAGGAGUACUUCAGGAAGAGAUUCAGAGAUAAGAAGGAGGCAAGCAGGAUCAUCUCCCACAUUAAGACAUCACGAAGCCUCCACAUCAUGUGCCACAUCCCAGUCUUCUGCUGGAUCACUGCUACAGUUCUGGAGGAUGUGCUGAAAACCAGAGAGGAAGGACAGCUGCCCAAGACCCUGACUGAGAUGUACAUCCACUUCCUCGUGGUACAGGCCAAGGUGAAGAAGAUCAAAUAUGAUGGAGGAGCUGAGACAGAUCCACACUGGAGUCCGGAGAGCAGGAAGAUGAUUGAGUCUCUGGGAAAACUGGCUUUUGAUCAGCUGCAGAAAGGAAACCUGAUCUUCUAUGAAUCAGACCUGACACAGUAUGUCAUUGAUAUCAGAGCAGCCUCAGUGUACUCAGGGGUGUUCACACAGAUCUUUAAAGAGGAGAGACGACUGUACCAGAAAAGACUGUUCUCCUUCAUCCAUCUGAGUGUUCAAGAGUUUCUGGCUGCUCUUCAUGUCCAUCUGACCUUCAUCAACUCUGGAGUCAAUCUGCUGGAAGAACAGCAAACAACCUCCCAGACACGUGAAACAAGAGAAUCUGCAGAGACACACUUCUACCAGAGUUCUGUGGACAAGGCCUUACAGAGUCCAAGUGGACACCUGGACUUGCUCGUCCGAUUCCUCCUUGGUCUUUCACUGCAGACCAAUCAGACUCUCCUACAAGGUUUACUGACAAAGACAGGAAAUAGUUCACAGAACAACCAGGAAACUGUCCAGUACAUUAAGAAGAAGAUCAAUGACAGUCUGUCUGUAGAGCAAAGUAUCAGUCUGUUUCACUGUCUGAAUGAACUGAAUGAUCGUUCUCUAGUGGAGGAGAUCCAACAGUCCAUGAGUUCAGGAAGUCUCUCCGCAGACAAACUGUCUCCUGCUCAGUGGUCAGCUCUGGUCUUCGUCUUACUGUCAUCAGAAAAAGAUCUGGAUGUGUUUGACCUGAAGAAAUACUCUGCUUCAGAGGAGGCUUUUCUGAGGCUGCUGCCAGUGGUCAACGUCUCCAACAAAGCUCUGUAA